UUCUUGCAUAAAAGGUCAGGUGGCACUACAUAUGACGUAAAUUUCGCAGACUCCAUUUUCGUGGUUUUUGGGUUGUCUUCGCGAUCGCUGAACAUUCGAUACUUUUACUCGUAAUUAGUGUUUUUAGUGUUCGUUUGUAAAUCAUUUAGUUGAAAGUGAUCAGAGGCUAUAAAGACACCAACCAUCAUGUUCCUCGUAAGUUGGUUUACAGAUAUGCUGGCAUAUCUGGGUCUAUGGAAGAAGAGUGGGAAGUUGGUGUUUCUUGGUCUAGACAAUGCUGGGAAGACGACGUUACUACACAUGCUGAAGGAUGGGAGAAUGGCGCAGCAUGUUCCAACAUUACACCCCACAUCAGAAACAUUAAGCAUGGGGUCCUUAUCCUUCACGACCUUUGACCUGGGAGGUCACGAGCAGGCGCGGCGGGUCUGGAAGGACUACCUACCGGCCAUCAACGGUAUUGUGUUCCUCAUAGAUGCUGCAGACCCAAGCAGAUUCGCCGAAGCAAAGGCAGAGCUUGAUGGUCUGAUGACAGACGAGGCAGUGGCCAAUGCCCCAGUACUGAUCCUGGGCAAUAAGAUUGACGUCCCCACAGCUUGCAGUGAAGAUCACAUCAGGAAUUGCUUUGGCCUCAUUCAGCAGACGACAGGAAAGGGAAACAUACCUCAAAAAGACUUGCCAGGACGUCCCGUGGAGCUGUUCAUGUGCAGUGUUCUCAAGAAACAAGGCUACGGUGAGGGUUUCAAAUGGAUGGCACAGUACAUAUAGCACAGUCGUCUAUCCUAGCAUAACUCAAAGAACCUUUUUUUGUAAGUUAAAGAAAAAAACAAAACAAACGAAUGAACUUGUUAUAUGCGAUUGAACUUCCGGAACGACCACAAGCCGAGAUUGCUUCCUGACAAAAUUUCAGACGAGUCUUGAAGCUCCGACUGAGAAACCGACGUAGGUGAAGUGUAUGCAGCUUGUGUCUUCUGGUCCAGUGGUUCAGCGUUUUUUUUCCAAAGACUGAAUGAAUAUUUUAAAGAAGCAUCGAGGAGUGGGAAAUUAACAAAAGCAUUGUAAAUUCUGCAACUGGAGAUAAUGGCUGAUUAUGUUCCACAUACGUGUAUGGUGUACCCAUCGAGCAGGCAACGCUAGCUUUUCAAGCCUCAUCAUGGGAUUGGAAUUAAGAUUUGGAGACCGCAGUUGGAGUUGGAUGCCGCAGUGCCAUUGCCACACUGGAAAUGGCAGACAGCAACUACACGUUCUGUAGACUUGCUUGGCCUAGUUUGACUGGCAGCUCAACCCCAUGUCAUUCAAGAAGUGAGCAGUGUUCUUCUACUCAUCUUUACAUAGAUUUGCCACAUGAUAAGGCUUCCUUGGACUUUUUAUUUUGAUGGGGUGGGUUUGAAGAAAUUAGAAGACUUGGCACUUCUCAAAUCUAUGCCAUAUGAUUGUGAUUACACCAUUCCCAAUUUUCUUGCUAAGCACACUAUUUGCUAAAAAAAAGGAAAGAAAAUGUGCUAAACAGACAUGUUUGCUGAGCAAAGAAAAUAAUUGCUGCAAAAUUGUAUACAGAUAAUGAAUGUUUAUAAGUGCAAUGCUAAGAAUAAUUUCAUGAGGUGACAGAUUGAAUGUUCCAUGCCACAAGGCGAAGCCAAGUGUAAUGGAACAUUCAUUCCAUCUGUCACCGAAUGAAACUAUUCUUUCCAUUGCACGAAUGUGAAACAUUCAUUACUUGUUUUACACAAAACCUGAAUACAUCCUCUUCAUCUGAUUGGUCGGAGCCAGCAACGAGUGUGACCGUGUAAUGGAACUUCUAUUUACCGUGGAAUACAACUUCUAUUUUUGCGGUAGGGACAAAUAAUUCAAUGACGUGUGAGCAACGACCCACCAAUCAGAUGACAGGGACUUAUUCAGGCGUUGUAUUAAAGAGAACAUCUCACAUUAUCCAAAUUUGUUAUUUGUGGAUGCAGGAGUCUGUAAAGUAAAAUGUCACCCACCAUUUCAUUUUCAUACAAAAAAACAUGAUUCUGCUGUUUUCAAAAAAAAAAAAUCUACUUUGAAUAUGGGAUCUCAAAUCGCCUUUUUGUCAGAAACUGCUUUGUAUUUGGUGGGCUAAAGGGAACCCUUAGUUUCUUAAAACAUUUGAUUCCCAAUUCCAGAUGACCCAAAUUUUAACUGUAAUAUUUAUGUGCUAACAUGUACUCCUGUAGUUUAUGAAAUGUUCAGAAAAGGGAUAUAAAGUGUGAAAACAUGUGCAUGUGUUUAAGUACUCACUGCAUAAAUAAAUUUUACUGCAGCAAACUCGGUACAACAAAUACGUAUCUGCUUCACUAAGUUUCAAAACUCUAAUCCAAAACACAGGAUUAUGAUGCAUACUUGCUCUUUUGGGGGUCAAUGAGAGAUCAUUUUGCGACUUUAAAAUGAAAGUUUGUAAUUUGGUCGCCAGAAAUGAGACCAAAUUGGCCAAAUUCUUUUGAGUUCCCGCUAAACAUAUGCAGUGCCUGAAUGAUUUUCAACUCUUAAAAAAUACUUUUGAAGUCCUGCAAGACGUAAACGAUGAAGUGGCUUGUGAUUCUGCAAUCGCUGCAAGGAUCUGUAACGCUUUUUUUUAUGUGGUUGUUGUGUAUGCAAAUAGUCCUGUUUAUUUAUAUUUGUCAGUGAUUAACGUUACUUGCAUAUGCACUCAAGCUAUUAAAUCUUAAAUCCUUCUGUUUGUGUGCAUUUUAACUUGUUUUAAUUUGGUUGUUUUACUUACCAUUUCUCGUACUUUUUCCAAUUCCCAUGUAGGUGCUUUAAAUUAUAUUGACCCCAUACAUAGCAGCAUGUGAUUCUCAAAGUAAGUUUAUCGGAGAUAAGAACAGAUCAAUGUGCAACAGUAUACAAUGUAUAUGGGUGGCAGUUCACAAACAGUAAACAUCAAUCACAUUUUUCAAAGGCGAACUUUUUGGGACACAGGACUGACAGAUUCUUUGGGAAUGAUAAAUUAGUGGUCAAAGUCCGAGGGAUGACACUUCAGCAAGUCUUUAACCGGAAGUCUUUGCCCUUUUCUGUUUGUGUUUGUUCACGGUUGCUCAACUUUGUAUCCUAAUAAAUACAUGUACAGUGUUGGAACAAUUGAUGUGCCUCACAAGCGAAUGAUUGUACAUUAUUACAAUUGCUAAUUUGACUGCCAAACAAAAUCAGUUAAAUACAUGUUUUUUUUUAUACAUGUACUAGUAAAGUGUGCUUGCAGGUCUUGGAAGCUCAGAUUAGCGUUGUUGCACCUUAAAAACAAAACAGACAAAAUAGACUCAAACUGCUAGCCUACGCAUAGUGUACUUCCAUUAGAAUCAUGUUAUGCAAUUUGUUCAGGUUUUAUUCGAUCCAGUUGAUAAUAUCCGCUGUUAGUUACAUUUGAUAAAUUUAAUGUGUGUUUAUGGUUUUCAAACCUGCAUUUGAAUUUCGUUUUUCCAAGCCAAAUUGUUCAGGUAAUGUUUUGUACUGUGCACAAAUCCAGCAAUUAUUCUGAACUCUUCAUUCUGAGCAAAAAUUCUCGUCAACCUUUCCGGACUAUCAAAUUUUCCUUUGACAAAAUUCAUCCAGAUUUUAUUUUAUCUUAUGUUUAUUCCUUAAUAUUGUACAACAUGUAUUUUUCCAAAUUAUUAUUUUAUCAGUAAAUUUAUUGUAUGUUUAUAUGCUUACGGUUUAGGUCUAAAAUGCCUUGAUUGAAUAAAGUGUAAUCCUUCACAUCUUUAGAAAGUAGGUAUAGACUGUCGUUUUGUUUUCGGUUUUUAUUUUUCUUAAAAUGGGAAUGCAGAUUGCAAUCCACACCAAGCCCAAAUUCAGAGACCAUUUUGCAGAUGUGCCCACCUCAAUUGGAGAAAUAGUAUUCCCAAUGCUUGCCUGUGUUCAUUUUAGGCCAAUUGUAUGUUCCGAAAAAUGUGCGCUGAGAUCAGAAAUUUAAAUUUAACCAUUGUAAUCCAUACUCACUUGCAGUAAUUGACAUAGUGUACAAUACUUGAGCAGGGAACUUCUCAUUUUAAAAGGUCUAGUAAAACCUUUUUCAUUAUUUUUUUUUUGGGGGGGAAAUCAUUUUUUUCUUAAAAAUAUGUAUGUAUGUAAAUUAAAAAAACCAAUAAUGGCAAAUGUGCCAGUUGGAAUUGGAAUAAAAUGUCAGUAAUAUUGCAACCUUA